GCAUCACCAAUGCGCACGCAUAUCGCGGCGACACGUAAGCGACGCGGGUAACGCGUUGAAGCACUAGCGCGCCGAGCAUAACUGCCUCGUCUGCAUAGUGGCUGCAGCGUAGGUGUCAAACAUGAUAGGCGGCGAUUUCGGAGCUUCGGCAGGAUCAGCAGCGGCAGACGCCCUUCACCGCGGGAUAGGUGUUGUUCCCGUUGGCGAACCCGCCGCGGUCUUAACCGUGUACGACGCACUCUCGGUGUGGACGGACGAUUGUCUCGAAUACGGGGUGCCCUACGAGAUUGGAAAUUUCUCUGUGCAAGGAGAAGGGUGCGAAUACGUCGAUGGUGCCGCUCAAAAGAAAUACCUGCGGUUGCCAAUUCCGUGGAGUCCCGAGUGGGAUCUGAAGACCGCAAACGAAGAAGCAAUGCUCAGAAAUACGGCAUACUUGCCUUCGUCACCAUGGCUACUCCAAUGGGUUAUUCGCAACAAGGACAAAGUGGGGACUCGUUCAUCGGGUGAGGAGAGACCUUCGUCGGUGCACGAAACCCAGAGCCCACGCACGGAUUUCAUCUGCGGCCGGCACGCCUUGACAAUGGUCCUGUGCACGCCAUUUGCGGUAAGAAUUGGCUGGCGGCUAGUGGCCUGUCGGCACGGAGGUAUCCUGUACAUCCAUCCCAUUCGUCAGCGGAAAGAAGUGAAGCGGCCUCCCAAUGACAGUCCCAAACGGAAACCGGAUCCCAUGCGCAACUCUGGCACCAGAUUCCAGCGCCUCAUGACCACAAAUCAUCCGGGAGCCUCCCCCGAGGAGGACGAAGUUGUCAGGGAAGGCGAUGCCUACAACGUCGUCCUCCGCUGCCAGCUUGGAUCACACUCCAUCGUGCUAGGCGCCGAAGUUAAAGCGGUGGACCCCUCUGUUCAAUGCGAGCCCGGUUCCACGGCUGGCUACGUGGAGUUCAAGACGAACCGCAAGCACCACAAUCAGCUGCAGCGGAACAAGUUCUACACGUACAAGCUAAUACAGUGGUGGGCCCACUGCCGUCUGGCUGGCAUCCCAAGGGCCCUAUGUGGCUUUCGCGACGACAACGGGAUUGUGCUCUACAUCAAGGAGUACGAUGUCAUGAAGAUGCCGGAGGUGGCUAAGGACUGCCUACGUUUUCGAGUACUUGCCAUCUUCACGCGAAGUCACCUGCAAGCGCCUGCCAGAUCCCGACAACCUUUACGGGCUCCCAGAUUGGUUCAUAGAGGCGUUCGAAGACUGUUGAAGCGUCCAUAUUGGUGGAGUGAAUCAUCACAGAUCGUGGGAAUAUUUCAUGGCAGGUGUUUUUCUGACGGCUUCUUUCUUGGACAAAGGGUUUCGUAUUUUUCGGUCACCCCGCAAAACUUCUGUCAUCCCUCCAGAUGUACGAGGGUUGUAUAAUGCCUUAUGGUGGAUACAAAGCAUGCCAUUUAUACAAAUUUGUCAUUACUUUUAUUAAUGAUUGACAGAACUUUCGAUUUUAAACUUUACCGCUUGAUGACAGUACUCUGUAAGAUUUGAACUAUUUUUAAUUAAAGAUCAAUGUAAGGAAUUGAGUAGACACAUGGCAAUAUUCAUUGUGGACGCAGGCAUGAAAAUAAAAUGCACAUUUUCUACAUCUGCGUUA